UCGCGCACAGUCGAGGUGGGGGGCAGGGCAACCGUUUUGCAAUGGAAGCAAUCAAACUGAGCAAAAACACAAUGUGCCCCCUUCGUUGCGACCCACGACAGAGAUGGCUUCACCUUUCCUCGAUUGCCCAGUCUCCGUUCAGCCUAUUCACUUGGAUAUAGACGACAAGGAUAUUAUCGGAUAACCACUCCCGGCGUUCGUGAUGCACAAACUCACGGUACUUCUCUUCGGUGUCGCCUUCUCGGCAUGCGCGCGCUCAGAGAACCGCUUCCGCCGGCCGUCGGGCCCAGGUCCGGCGGGAGACUUCCGGGAUAACCCCGUCUACACCCUCGGCGAUAAUAUUGAUUUGCAGUGGGAGAUGGACCUCAAGAACAUCGACCUGAUCUUAUGGCAGCAGCAGCCAACGGGGAAUAUCAAGGGGCCCUAUGCCAAGCUCGCAUCCAAUUCCACAGCAAAGAGCCUAGUAUGGACCGUAGGCUACGCCGGUUUCCCUUCAACAAUGAACCCGGACCUGAGCCAGGUCUACUUCCUCCAGUUCUUCAAGACGGGACAGUCGGGCAGCAGCGCGACAUCUCACUACUUCAACAUCACCGAGCCCGACAGCACGUCAACAUCAACAUCAACAUCAUCAUCAACAACACCAUCAGCCACUACAACAGCCCCAUCACUCUCAUUAGCAUCAGCAACAGCAACAGCAACUCCAGACUCAUCCCCAGCACAAUCAUCAACUACCUCCACCGACGAGGACCAACUCUCAAGCACCGCAGUCGCAGGCAUAGCCGUCGGCGCGACGCUCGGCGCCCUACUCCUCCUCGCCCUCUUCGCGGGGCUGGUCCGGAGAUGCAUCAAGAGGCGGCGGGACAUGGCUGUUCACACGGAGGGCGACAUCCUCGUCUACGCCGAGCGGCAGCUGCACGCUAAGGACGAGGCUGCCGCGUGGAAGCUGGAGCUGCCUGCGCACAGCCGCGAGCGGUUCGAGGUGGAAGCAUGCGAGCCGAGGCACGAGAUGCCCUGCUAAGCCUGUGGAGUGUCGAGAUGGAGAAGGGGGGGUUGAAGUGCGUAUGAAAUUGGAUGGGUGAGUGAUC